CCUUUUCAGCCCAAGCGGCCAGCUCUACCACUCCUCCCAUUCUCUUCUUCUUAGCUUCUCUUCUGCUCUUGCCUUCCUUCUUUUACUACUACUUCUAAUGGAUUUGGCUCCUCCCACCGAGCACGUAUGCUACGUUCAUUGCACCUACUGCAACACUGUUCUAGCGGUUGGAGUGCCAUUUAAAUGGCUUAUGGACACAGUGACUGUGAAAUGCGGCCAUUGCAACCAUCUCUCCUUCCUUAGCCCCAGGCCCAUGAUGCAAACCCUUUGCCCCACUGACCACCAGAUGGCAUUUCAGGGUCCCUGCAAUGACUGCUGGAGGGGUCAGCCUUCAUCACCAUCUUCAUCGAUAUCAAGCGAGCAAAUGAUCCCCAAAGCAUCAUUUGUCGUGAAACCUCCAGAGAAGAAACACCGACUUCCAUCAGCUUACAAUCGCUUCAUGAAGGAGGAAAUACAGCGUAUCAAAGCUGCCAAACCUGACAUUCCUCAUCGAGAAGCAUUUAGCAUGGCUGCAAAGAAUUGGGCCAAGUGCGAUCCACACUGCUCGACAACAACCUCUGAUGGAGCAGCAGGAACAGUAAUCUUUCCACAUGAAAGAGAAAAUGGUCUGACAGUGGAAAGAUUUGAUGCUUUCAAGCAAUUGGAGCACAAAGACUAGGUUUACUAAUCAGCUCCUUAAAUUACCUAAUCAACACAUCAACCCUUUUGUCUUUCUUGAUGAUGUGUUUUAUGGUGUACGUUUUUUAUGGAAAUAUUCUUCCCUAUGUGGUAUGAAACUCUAGUAGUAUGUAGUAAUUGAUGCUAUGUUUGGUGC